AAAUUGACAGCUGUCUGGUAAUUUGACCACUUUCAAAUCGAAUUUAUGUUCCCUUUAUUUUGUUUACAAGUGCUAUUUUUAAAUCGUUGAAAAUUGCUCGGAACUGCGUAAAGAAUUAAGUGGUUUUAUUGAAUUAAGGUGUCGCCUAAAACAUGGCCACGUUGGAAGAUAAGAUUCUGGGCGAAAAACUGCACAAUUAUUGCAGCAGCAGCGAGGGUAGCGAUAACGAGGGCUCCGGAGAUGAGGCUCCCAAGCCAAAUAAGACUGUCUCUUCUGUAAGUACUAAGCCCCUUCCCGAAGCGAAUAAAUGGGAGGGUACUUCUACCAACACGGGGCCCAAAGGUGUUAUAGAGGACUGGAGGAAGUUCAAACAGUUAGAAAUAGAGAAGAGGGAAGAGGGUGAAAAGGUGAAAAUCGAAUUGGCGAAGAAACUGACCAUGACAGUGAGGACAGCUCUGGACGAGGAACGGGAAAAAGCCGCCUUGGAGGACCCCGACCUGGCGGAAUUGCUGAACGACGAAUUUCUUCUUAAUUAUCAAAAACAGAGGAUGGAAGAGAUGCUGCAACAAACGAACAAAAGUAAAACGUUUGGCGAAGUCAUUCUGUUGAGGAACGGUCAAGAAUACUUAGACGCUAUAGAUAAAGAGGAUCCAUCCAUUAUCGUAAUCAUCCACAUAUACGAAGAUCACGUCGAGGCUUGCAGGCUUAUGAACCAAUCCCUAAAACAACUGAGUAAAAUUCACCAGCACGUCAAAUUUUGCGCUAUCGUGGCUUCACAAGCUGGGGUAAGCAGAGAAUUUAAAGUUGACGGAGUGCCAGCCUUGUUAGUCUACAAGUCUGGCAAUAUUAUCGGAAAUUUCGUGAAAUUGACCGAUGAUUUGGGUCAGAAUUUCCAAACAGAAGAUGUACAAGGGUUUCUUGUUGAACACGGUCUUCUAGAGGACAAGAGUUUGACUCCAGCAUUGAUAAGGAGCUCCACCGCAGAUUCAGACAGUGACUAGUGUAGAUGAUUGAAGGAUAUGCAUCUUUAUAAACCAUGCAACAUUUAUAUACAAGAUUUUUUUUCUCAUCAACAAUGACGAUAUUGGACUUUCUCGCAUUAAUGGGCCACACUGUAUGAUUGAAAUAUGCUGACUUAGCUAGUUCUUUGCGGCAAACUUCAGAAGGUAGUCUGAACAGCUUCCAACCCCACAAUGAUACACAAGAUUUUUUUCGAAAAUUUAUUUUUAUUUUUUUACAUAACCUUGAAACAACUAAGCAUCAAAAAUGGCUGAAAUCUUAGUGGUCGUCGUUCAACUGUAUAUUACCAUGUAUGUAUACAUGAGGGCGGAAACUUUUUGGACUACCCUUGUAUAAUAAAUCGACCAGGCUUGAGGCUUAAAGCAGAGCUAACAAAUUCGUGACCGUAUAGACGAGUUCGGUACUUUGGAGCCACCUAUAACUUUGGUGCUAAAAAAAUUUAAAAAAAGUUGUUCAAAAAAUGUACUAUAUAUUAUUAUAUCUAUAUAUUUAAUAAUAUUUAUAACUAUAACUCCAAUGAAGCUUUAAUACUGUUUAAUCUUACCAGUAUUUCUAUGUUUAUCCUCUCUAGUGAUUUAAAAAAAUGAGGCAUUUUUGUAAAUUCAUUUUACAAAUUUAUUAAAUUUUAUGGUUAUUAAAGAAUAGUACAAUUAUUAUUGCAAUAAUAGGAUUAAUUUUAUUAUUUCUAUAUCUUAAUAUUACGAGGCUACUUAUUUUUAUUUUUUGGAAAUAAAUUAUUGAAGAAUAAAUCAGAGAUAUAGAGGUAGGGAGAAUGAGCAUGAGCGUGCGCAUAAAUUCUAAUCAAGGUAGUCGCCAUGUUCGCUCUUAAACGGCCUACACACGUAACGAUUUAUCGUACUGGGCGUUGAACUGCAGAUCGUAAAGAAAAUUGUACGGUUUGAAGUACAGCCAUUUUUUGUACACACGAUGCAACACAUUGUGCUGCCGCAGUUUAGAUUAUUCACUUUUCGUCGCGAAGGGCUACCUUUAUGUCAAGAAUUUCAAAGAAGAAAGCUGCCGUGCUUGUAGCUGCGGUAUUGCUGAUAGAUGAAGAUGAUGAAUAAAAAGAAAUCAAAAAACGAAAAUGGUGUAAAAAGUGGUUGCUGGAAA